AUGGUGAGUCUACUGUCUGCCUGUUCAACUCUCUAUAAUUAUGGAGUUGGAAGGUUCCUUUUGGCUUCUAUCGAUGUUAACAAGAUCCCUUUGAAUGCAAUCUUGGUUACUACUCUCAUAGACAUGUAUUCUAAGUGUGGGAAUGUGGAGAAAGCUUGGAGAAUCUUUGAUGGUGUUUCUUGUAAGAAGCUGCCUCCUUGGAACGCCAUCAUUACUGGAUAUGUGCAACAUGGACUUUUUGAGGAAGCAAUUGAUUUAUAUUCAAAACGUGGUAAAAUCGAUGAUACUUGUUUGGUUUUUAUCAAGACGAGUGAGAAAGAUGUAGCCUCGUGGAAUGCCAUGAUACUGAUGGAGAGGACUGGUUUGCAGCCCAAUGAUGUCACAUUCAUUGGAGUUUUAUCAGCUUGUAACCACUCAAGAUUGGCUGGGCAUGUCGAAGAAGCAUAUGAAUUGGUCCAAAACACGAUAAUUCCACAUGAUUCAAUAAUCUGGGGUACUUUACUAAGUUAUGGAAUCAUCCAUCGGAAUCUUGGACCGACUGAUACAAUCAGUGAAACAAUAACGACAUUGCAGGAUCCCAAUAUGGGUUUAUGCAUUCUGUUGUUGAACAUUUAUGCUUCUGCAAGAAGGUGGCAGGAGAGUGGUGCCGUACUUCAAUUUGUGCCCUUUCAAAGUGCUGUUGAUGAGGCUUUCUGGCAUAGAUUAUCAUCCUUGAAACUCAACAAACUGGGCAUUGAUGAUUCCCCAAUUUCAAUCACCGGUUCCUAUGCGCCAUGCUCACGUUCUCAAGUAUCAAAUCAUUCAACUCUUCUUGCUGAAUCAUUGCCUCCUGAACCAAGUGAGCAAUCAUCAACUCCGCCGAUAAGUCGUGGGAAUAGGAAUAAAUGCUCUGUUCUAGGCAUCCUUUAUAACACAAAUACAUUGGAGAGUUUCCAUGCCCUUGACGAACAAAUUUUGCUAAAGGCUGAAAAGUAG